AUGUCCAGCAUCCCACCACAAAAGGCGAGCCACCAGACCCCCGCAAAGCCUUUCGGUCCUCUCAUCGCCACUAGCUUCCGCUCGAAUGGUAAUUUGCGACAGUACUACGACUAUACUCCUGCCGUAGAUGCAUCCAUCCAAGACCAUCCAUUUCGCAUCGACGCAACGCAUGCUACCAAGCGCAGGAACCGAAACGCGGUAAAUGAAGAAAUGAUGCAGGAAGGAGAUGAUGCAAGAGAAGAUGGAAUUGCGACAGCCUGCGGACAUAGGCGCAGCUUCGAUAGCUUAGCGGAGUUCCCAAUGAGUGAAGAUAGUCAAGAUGGCAAAGAUCGGGAAGGAAGUGAUGGGUCUAGUCACACAGUGGGCCGAGCGGAGUCGUCCAGCUCUACGCUAGCAGUAGAUGGAGAUGGCGGCCAGGAGAUUAGUGAAGAUGGAGAAGAUGGAAGUGAGGGUAUGGAGGAUUCUGAGAGCGACAGGGGUGAGGGUGACGAGAGUGAGACGUCUAGUCGCACGGUGGGACGUAGUGAAGACUCAGACUCCAGAGAUAAGGAUAGUGAUGGCGAUGAAGAGAUGAAUGAAUCUGACGAUGAAGGUGAUUUGUUUGGGGAGAGUUAUAGGGAGGGCAGUAGGAAGUAG